ACUUCUACUAGGGCAUCAUGGCAGAAAAAAGACUUUUUAAAGAGCUUAACCAGCUAUCCAAGGUUGCACCCAACUAUAGUAACCAUCAGAUACUAAGUCUCGCUCCAAAGGAUGUGGAAUCAAGUGUUUAUGAAUGGCAGUCGGUUAUUUGCAAGCCGUCUAAAAUUGACUCCAAAUUCUAUCAUAAUGGCCAGUGGACUUUGAAUAUCUCAGUUCCCCAACAGUACCCCAUAGUUCCCCCCAAGAUCUCCUUCAGUGGUGCCACUCCCAUUUUCCAUCCUAAUAUCAACGUUGACACUGGUGAAAUCUGCUUGGAUAUCUUAAAGUCCGAAAGCUGGACUCCAGCAUGGAACCUUGAGCAUCUUGUGGUUGCGAUUCUCGUGCUUAUUGAUGAUCCUGAACCCGAUUCACCGUUGAAUAUCGAUCUGGCGAACUUAUUUCGUCACGAUAAGGCCGGCUUCGAAAGUUUUGCUCAAUACACCAUCUGGAAACAUGGAACAUUCUACGAAGGAGAGCGAGCUAGAAGUGGAGCCAAGGCCGGCCAGCAAGACGAUAUAAUACUGCAAGAUCAAGAACUUGAAAUCGCGUUGCAAGAGAAUUCCUCUAAGUCGAUCAAUGUCAUAAAAGAUGUGGGUAAGCAGAUCACCCAGGAGUUCAUCAACAAGGUGGAUGAAAUCACCCAUUCCAAGCAGAAUUCAGUUGAUUCCAUUGACCACAACGUCGACUACAACAACGCAAAGAAAUAUAUUGCUGAAAAGGUGAACCGGCAAGUUUUGGAGCUUUGCUCCAAAUCGGUGUCACCAGUUAAUGAAAUCGAAGGGCCAGAAGAACCUUUGGAUCCCAUAGUUGAGGGCGAGAAGCUUCGGUUUCUCCAGGAGGUGGACUCGAAGGUGCAACUGUUUUCCGAUGCCGCCAAAGAAGCCAGUGCCAGUGAAAAAGUCUCCACUGUCAGCAGUACCAGCUCCAAAGACAACGAAACCAUUUCCGCCCAAUCGUCCCACAGCAAUGUCGACAAGUUGAAGAAGUCGAUGUCGAUUCGUAGUUUCCGUUCGGAUACGUCUGGGGGCUCCAGUAAUAAAAAGAAGCACAAGAAGCGUGAUAAGUUGAAGGAGUUCUUGAAGAGAACAGAAGAACAGAAGAAGUAGUAGAUAUAAAACAGUAAUGAGACAUCUGAGAAUUC